AGCGAGCAGUCCAUUAUCUGUAGCCUGUUCAAGUUUUGUGUGUCGGAGAGAGCGCAUCUAUCGAUCAGUACGAGCGGACGGCAGGCAUCCUUUUGGGAUUAAAAUCACAAACUGCGUUUCUUUCUCAGUCCAUUCCGAGAAAGCACGUCAUCUAUAGGAGAAAACAGAAGACCCAAAGAAACAAUUAGCCAUCGCUUUUUAAGCGAAGACCCUUGUCUGGGAACCUCUCUGAAGACCCAGGAAACAUGGACAGAUUUUAUGACCAGCAAGUUCCAUUUAUGGUUCCACCUAAUAAAUCAUUACAAGUGGAGGAACCAUAUAGCAGACCAGUGAAUGACAGAAAAAGAAAGUUGGUGGAGACUGAACUCGCUCAGGACACAGAGGAACUUUUCCAGGACCUCAGCCAGCUGCAGGAGAUCUGGAUCGCAGAAGCUCAGGUGCCCGAUGACGAACAGUUCGUCCCAGAUUUCCAGUCAGAGAGCUUGAUGUUCCAUGGUCCACCACCGACCAAGAUCAAACGGGAAUCGAGUCCUUCCAAAGAGCUCUCCCCCUGUAGCCAGGAUAGAAGUCCCAUGCCAUAUGGAGAGAAGUGCCUUUACAGCUACAGUGCCUAUGAAAGGAAGCCCACAGCUGGGUUCAAGCCAUUGACUCCUCCCUCAACGCCUGUCUCACCUUGUGGCUCCACCAACACCCUUGGAACAUGCCCCCUGCAUGAACAGACCCCUCCCCCUGUUGCUAACACAACGAUAGGGCAGCUUCUGCUUCAUGGGCAGCCUUCAAUGAACAACUCUACACCAAGCCAGCCGGUACUCCCUCACCAAAGCCAGAGCCCACCUUUUGCACUGCCCUGUCCACCCCUAAACCGUGAUGUUCACUUCAGUAAUGAACCUCGGUUUCAGCGGCAACUUUCGGAGCCUUGCCUUCCAUUCCCAUCUUCUGAUACCCAGGGAAGACCCAACUUCAUGCCACAGGUCCUCAGCACUUCACCUAGAGAUGGAAGGCCACCUUACCAUCGCCAAAUGUCAGAACCUGUGGUUCCCGUGCCGCCUCAGGGCUUUAAGCAGGAGCUCCUUGACCCCCGUUACACUGAACAAGGUGUCUCCAACAUGGGCCCAUCCCAGACUGCCUUCCACUCAAUGACCAUCAAGAAAGAGCCACGAGACUUUUGCUUUGACUCUGAAGUGCCUAAGUGUCAAUCUUCAUUUGGGAGAGCAGCAAGCUUCUACCAAAACCAUGAGAACUUUGCAUUUGACCGAGAUCAGCAAUUGUAUUACGAUGACACCUGCGUGGUUCCAGAGAGACUUGAAGGCAAGGUAAAGCAAGAGUCCUCUGUGUAUCGUGAUGGUCCACCUUACCAGCGCCGUGGCUCCCUCCAGCUUUGGCAGUUCUUGGUUACGCUCCUGGAUGAUCCUGCCAAUGGGCAUUUCAUUGCCUGGACAGGACGUGGAAUGGAGUUCAAACUUAUUGAGCCAGAGGAGGUGGCCCGACGCUGGGGCAUCCAAAAGAACAGACCAGCCAUGAACUACGACAAGCUGAGUCGCUCACUGCGCUACUAUUAUGAGAAGGGGAUCAUGCAGAAGGUAAAGGUUGCUGGUGAGAGAUAUGUGUACAAAUUUGUGUGUGAUCCAGAGGCCCUCUUCUCCAUGGCGUUCCCAGACAACCAGAGGCCCAACCUUAAAGCAGACCCCGAUGGCCUGCCUGGAGUCGAUGAUGACACUCUUCCAUUGACACAUUAUGAUGAGGCUUCUUACUUAGUAGAUGGUGGAGAGCAGUGUGUUGCUGGGAUGUCUUUUCCUGAUGGUUACGUGUACUGACCUGCAACUCUGAGAGCCUGACCGGAGCACAUCUGACCCCAUUGCCAGAAUUCCUUCAGAUCUGAUGCCCACUUCCAGAUUAACCCUAGUAUAAAAUAAAAUGAGGAGAAAUCUGCAAGCCACCUUUUCUCUGGUGUCCAUCCAUGAGAAGGGUGUCAAGGAGGUGAGGAAAGGCUGGUUCCUAGUGCUUAAACCUUCCUUGUGGCAAACGGUCACUGCCGCAGAGAAGAGGAGGUUGCACUGGAGCUGACUGGUGCUGAAAGACUGACAGAUCUCAUUGCAAGAAUUGUAGCAAUUCUGUUUUUGACAAUCUUUUUUUAAAAGAAAUUGGUUACAAAUUAUUAAGAGACAUCCUAACAAAACCCUUAAAUUCAGCACUAUUUAAUAGUUGCUUUUUUGGUCCCAGUUAAUUUUGUUUUACUUCCAAACCAUGUAGAUAAGAAGUCAAAAGGGCUUUGUUUUGAGAGGAGAAAAAAAAAACACACUUGUUUCAUCCGACUUAAGACUCUAUAGAAAGCUGGCUUUUAUACAACAAUUUUUGUUAAACUUAAUAUGGACAGCUUUAAUUAUGCUGAGGAUUCCUACAGAACAUUGCUUUCGUUUUGGUAUCAUUGGUUUGGUUUUGUUCUGAAUCGUUUUUCAAAUGUUGUUUUUAUAUUAACUCUUAUUUUCAUGCUGGUUAACCCAAGAGUUGUUAAUGUGUACCUAAGUUAAACCAGAGGCACUCCUUUUUUUUUCUUCUUUUUUUUUUUUGUCGAUUGCACGGGACUGUUAACCCAUCUUAAAUAUAUUUCUGUAUGUCUAUUGCUAUUUAUUUUUUGGUUUUUACAGCCCAAAAAUCCAAAAAUGGAAUAUAGAGUUGAUAUAAUUUUUUUAAUUGACAUUCAAAAAAUUCAUUCAAAAAAGGGAUGCACUAGUCAGAAUUUCUCCAUGAAGACUCUGAAGUGUAAGUAAAAGUCAAAAAGUAUUUAGCCUUUUUUAUUCUUUCUGGUUAGAAUUAUUAUUAUUAUUUUUUUUAUUUUUUUUUUUUGCUACAGUUUUAGAUUUGUGUGCAUCAAGCAGGAGUUUUCAGGGCCUUGCAUGCAAUAAGGUAAAAAAACAACAAAAAAAAAACAUUUCAAGCCAAUCUCAAGUUGACAACAGACCACUGCUUCCUUUUGCAUGAUGUACUCAAUGAUCAGUUGUCCACUUACAUAUCGCUCUAAGCUGGACAAAAAGAAGAAGUUGUGGAGUUCUCUGCAUUUAUUUUUUUUUUUUAAAAGAUGAACUUAUAUAUUUUUGCAAAGUCUGCAUUUAUUUGAUUUUAUUGUAUAAGCUGUGUAGUUCUGCCUGUAACUGAUACUGUAUGUAUGUUUUAAAUGAAUAUCUACAUUGCAGCAACUGCACACCAGUGGUUACCAGACACCCUUUCCUGGUGGGUUCGAGAGCAGUGCCUUUUAAAAUGAGAGGUGCAGCUUAUUCAUUAACAGUUUUCUCAUGGAAUGAGGGGCUUGCCUCAACCUCCACCACAGAAGGUUUGUCUGCACUUGUACAGGCUUAACAUUGUCCCCUCACAAUGUGUACCUUACACUGCUGAGUUUAUAAUCUGUACUGGGUACAAUAAACUGUCCUUCUGCUUCACUUGCACUCUGGUGGUUCAAAUUUUCUUCUUUUACAUUUCACAUUAGCUAACCAUCUGCUGUAAAUUAUAGUUGUUUCACAUGUUUUUUUUUUCUUGUUUGUUUUUUUUUUUUUAUGUGGAAAAAUGGAAGGUGGUCUAAAAUGUUUUAGCUACUGUCAUUUGUAAAGAUAUUCUUUUUUAUGUGAGAAACAUAAAGCCCUUCUUACAUGAGCUGGUAGAUAAUGGCUGGCAAUUGCUUUCAUACACUGAAUCUGAAACUGUAUUCAAUAUUGAUCGUCCUCUAUUCAGUUAAAGGCAUUUUGCUGUCCCAGGGGCUGCGCUACCCUUUUAUCCAAGCUUUAGCUGGUUAGCUGAUGUGUGUGUGUGCUCAUAUGGUCAUGCUUUAGACCUCCCAUCUAUGAUUAUUUAAUCACUUCUCCUUAGCUUCGUAUGGCUGGGUUAGCAACCUGUCAGAGACCAUACCUUGCACUUAUGUCAAAACAUCCACAGCUUCAAUUAUUUAUCCAAACACAUUUAUGAAUUUUAUAUAGUUUGCACACACUACUGUGCCCUAACGUUUUUCUUAAAGCUGCAUAAAUGCAUUAAUGUCUAGUUGGGAUCAAAUAUUUCAAAUAAAAUUACAUAAUUUACCAGUUUAAUGUCUAGCAUGGUACAUUGACUGUUCAGGCACACUUGAGCCUCAACAGCUAGAUGGCUGGUCGUAAUUUGAGAAGUGCACUAUACUUUCCUAUGUCGACAGCUUGACCAGACCUGAUCCAUAUCCUGAAACUUGAUUCUCACAAUGAGAGUGCAAAUCUCAAGCAAUUAUAACUGCACAGAAAACACUGCAUAUGCAAUUUUGUUUAAAUAAGCCUUUUUAAUUAUAUGUACUUAGUCUAAUCUCAAACCUCCCCCACACUGAACCUUUUCACUUGCCUUGAUGAAUUUCAACCAGCAAAUGAAAACAGAGAUGAUCCAGUUGAAGCUCAUCCAAUGUUCGAUCACCGUGGAAAAAUUCCUUUCCCCUUUCUGUUCAAGAAAGCCACUUAACCUUUGAACCCACCUACUUCACUGUAAAUAACUCUUCAGUCAACACAAUAAUUGUAUUUCUAGCCAACUUGAAUAAUAUCUGACUAAUGCAACAAGCAAUUUAUGCCUUCAUGCAAAAAGGUUAAUGGGUUGUUCUAUCAACAUAUAUUUUGUGGUAUGCUAAUGACUGUGUUUUAGUGAAGUAUUGAUUUCACUUAGCAAACGGACAGCUAGUGUAUACCAUUUGCUUAGGGUAUGGCUUUUAGUAAUGGAGCUCAAGAUGUGAUGACAUUAUAACUGUUUAUUUUGCGUCGUAAGCAGCUUUCUAUCUGUUGAGACGCAGACAAUGGAGAAAUGAAAUGUGAUUACGUCCUCUAAUGAAUACCCUUUACUUUAACACUUAUUGCCUGACCUUUCUUUAGUUCCAAACAUUGAUCAUUCCAAGCAAACAAGUAUCAUUUGGUUCAUUUAUUUAAAUUAAAUUGACAUAUUUGGAAUGAUCAGUUAAUUUCCAUGUAUUCAUUUACUGACAUUUUUUGCAGUGUUCUAAAAUCAAUAUAAAUGAACAGCAAAAAUAUUAUACUGUAGCAGAUUAAUUGGUAACACUAUACAAUAAGGUUUAAUGUGUUAAUAUUAAAUAAUGUAUUGUUAAUUAACAUGAUCAAUAUAUACAUACAAGACAAUAUUUAUUAAUUAGCUUUAAAUAAAUAUAUUUAUAAAUUAAAACUUUAUCAAGACAAAUAUAUGCUGUAAAAUGAUUGUUCAUUGUUAGUUUGUGUUAACUAUUGUGUAAACCAAUGGCGACAUAAAGUGUUACUGGUUAAUUAAGUAGGCUACAACAGGGGAAACAUGCACCUACAUGUAGGCCUACUUGCUUUUUACUAUUUCACAGAUUAAUUGUAUAUAAGUAAAGUAAGAUACAGCAAAACACUGUCAGCAGGGAAACUUGACGAAAACGUCACGGACCAUGGUACAGUGAUUUGGUCAUAAAACAGCUUUAUCUAUUUAUAAAGGCAUAGACUAUUUAAGUGAUUUUUUUGGAUCUAAAUGGAAAAUUGUAUUUUUAUUAUGACUGUGUCUAAACAUAACUUUCCUGUUGUUUAUAAGGAAUUCUUUACUGUAAAAUGCAAUAUCUGGUGGUCUUGUUCAAUUAAUGAGAAAUCAUUUAUCAUUUGGAGAGAUUAUUAAGACUGAACAUGAGUUUUUAGUGGAUGGUAUAAGUAUCUAUGACCAAAAAUGCAGUAAAAAGCUAAUUAGAAAUGUUUUUCAUUUAAGAAAAUUAAUCACCCCCAGGGGAUUAUUUUUUUUUUUAUUCACUAAUUGGAAAAAAGAAUGGCUUCUGCCAUACAAAUUCUGUGUUCCGAAAUAAAGUCAGAGAAGUACACCUUAAAAACUUACAUAAAAUAUAUCCUACUAAUGACAUCAUCUCUAAAUUUUGGAAUUAUUUAAAUUUAAGCUGCAACUUUUGUAGUAAAUCUUGAGUCAGUAAACCAUCUCAUCUCAACAUGUCCUCUUACUUCAAAAAUUUUGGGUCGAUUUAACUGAAAACUGUUAAUGAAUAAGCUGCACCUCUCAUUUUAAAAGGCACUGCUCUCGAAUCCACCAGGAAAGGGUGUCUGGUAACCACUGGUGUGCAGUCACUACAACCCAGAUAUCAGUUUAAAUGUUUAAUUGAAUGUUUUUUAAAAAUAUACACAAGUUUGCUUUAACAUUAUGUGAUGUAAUAUGUUACUUUUUCAUUGUGAUCAAAACAUAGAAUAUACACUGUAGGUAAUGUGAUAAUAUCAUUGGCAAAAUAUUGUAUUCAUAAAUGCAAAUUCUCAUCGGAUAUACGCAAGUUCGAGAUUUUUAUGCAUGACUUUGCUUGUUUAAUAUUGGCCUUCAGAAUAGUGAACAACAACAACAAAAAAAGUAUGUAAAAACUGUAUGACGAAUUACUAAACACAUCUUAAUGUAUCUACAUAUUAUUUCCUUUCUCUGUUUUCUCCUUUUUUGAUGUCAUCUAAUAUUAUUGUCUUUAUUCUUGUUGGACAUUAAUUGUUUUGCUUCUGUCAUCCUCUGUAUUAUUGACAUUCUGGAAAUGUAAUCGAAUAAAUAACAGCAUUAUCGUG